UUGACGUUACUCCACACAACUUUCUCUACAAUUUCCCUGAACACUAUCUUUCUUUACAUUUUAUAUCGUUUGGAUGAACCACGAGAGUUUGAUGAACACCCUAGCUCGACCAAGAUUAUUGUUGAAAACGAGAGUCGCUCGAUCUCAAGGUUUUAGAGAAUUCCAUGGAUCAAAGCAGCGACACCUACCCCGGAAACGUAAACAACAAGAGAGCCUCUUCUGAAGAAGCCGGAGAUUUUCAACACAACUCCAAGAGAAAUUAUCAUAUAGGCUCUGAAGAUGGAUUUGCCGCCAAAAAUGAAGAUUCUGAUGAAGAAAAUUUGUCAAAAUUUGUAGCUUUAGCUCGACAUUUUAUCAGCAAGGGUGCAGAAAAGAAGCUACUGCCUAUGGUUGACUUUUAUUUUCCACGGAUGAGGGAACAACAUGAGAGUGGGAAAGAAGUUAGCAGUGAAAUUAUUGGGAGUGGAUCCGGAGCACCGAAAUACGUGUUAUGUUUCUGCAAUCAAAUUGCAUCUAGAAUGUAUGCAAACAAGGAGAUAAAAUCUGAAAAUGGUGAGCCAUUGAAAAUUGGAAUAUUCGAUUCUGCCAACUUGAAUGUUCCCGUCUCCACAGAUAAAUUGUCAUCUGCUCCAGUUGAGUUAUUCCUUGAGGAUGGAGAGCACAAAGAAAUAAGCAAGUCCGACAAUGGGAAACCUUUGAUGUUUGGUGAUCUCCAAUUUAACCUACAAAGUGGAAUUGGUGAGGUUAACCAUCUGACUGUAACUGACUCGUCCUACCGAUCCAAGUCAAAGAUAUUUUAUUUGGGAGUCAGAAUUAUAGAUAAAAUGAUUUUAGCUGAAUUUGGUGUCAUUGAAAAAGCGGUUUCCCAAGCCUUCAGAGUUUUCAGUGAACGGAUGCAAGGGAAGGAAAAACACCAUCCGCCUAACUGGGAUGAUGCCAUAAAUCGAUUGGAAGGGGUAGGUGAUAAAUACAAAAACAUCUUAUCUUCACUACAACCACAUCCAAUAAAUACUGUUGGUGAUUUUCUGGUGGCACAUGAUUUUGGAAGGGGUGCUAUCGUUCUCAAACAGAUUCUCGGAAUAAAAAGUGCAGAUAACAAAUGGGAUAAGAUCGUUAAGCAUGCUAUGGAAUGUGAUGAUCCUCGAGCUAUUAACUAUGUUCUACACUUUCAUCAGGCCAAUGAUGGUAAUUAUUGGAACGAGAAUUUUGGAGGUGAUGACCAUGCCGAGAAAAACCAAAACGUCAAUGACCAGAAUUUGGAAUUUAACCAGCAAAACCAAAACCAGAAUGAUGAUGCUCAUCCAUAUCUGCCGGCGUCGAGUAACAUAGAGCUUGGAGCAUGAUAUUGAAUAACGUAUAAAAAUAUUUUUUUUGAGUCUUUCUAGAAUUGUGUUUUGUAUUAUGUUAUCGUUUGUUUGCUUCCAUGUUUAACUUUAUUAUCGGAUUAGCUAGGGUGAGAUCACUUUAUUUAGAUUAUGGUGGAUGUUAUUUUGUCCAAAUUUACUUUUAUUUAAUUUCUGUUCUAUUA